AACUUCAUCUAUAAAUUUAUCAUAUCCUUCCCUUUGCCAAGUCUUUGCCAGCAAUCAAACUCUACUUUCCACCUUCUCCUUCCACCAACGACCACCAGUACUGUCCAAGAAGCCCCCCAACUACCGCUGGAACCGGCUCGAAUGACGAAGAGCUGCCCCGAGCACAGCCACAAGUGGCGCAAGUUCUGGUGGCGGGUGCUCAAGUACGGCUCGAUCAUCCUCUUAAUCCUCCUCAUCAUCGUGUUGAUCACGUGGGCCAUCCUCCACCCCCACAAGCCCCGGUUCGUCCUCCAGGACACGACCCUCUACGCCUUCAAUGUCUCCUCCAACCCGAGCCUCCUCACCUCCACGUUCCAGGCCACUAUCUCAUCCCGCAACCCCAAUGACAAGAUUGGCAUCUACUACGACAGGCUGGACAUUUAUGCCACUUACAGGGACCAGCAGAUUACGGUGAGGACCCGAAUCCCCAAGUCAUACGAGGGGCACAAGGACGUGGACGUGUGGUCCCCCUUCAUAUACGGGAACUCGGUCCCGAUCGCCCCGUACAAUUCAGUGACCCUGAGCCAGGACCAGGCGAACGGGUACGUGAUGAUCAUGAUCAAGGUCGACGGACGGGUGAGGUGGAAAGUCGGGACCUUCAUAUCGGGCAGUUACCACAUCUUCGUUACCUGCCCUGCAUAUAUCACCUUUGGGAGCAGGAGCAAAGGAACUUCGGUCGGUAACAACGCCAUCAAGUAUCAGCUGAUGCAGAAGUGUGAUGUUAAUGUCUGAGAAAGCUUAUAGCAUUAUUGCUUAAUGGUCAUUUCUUUUCUUUCCUUUGGUUUAGCUCCUAAGUCUUAACCAAUAAAGAAUUUAGACAUAUUUCUUGUUCUUGUGCUGUUAAUCAACAUCCUCUGCUUCUGCUGUUACAUUGGCUUGUUUUCACCAAGAUGUACAUAAAUCUGCUGAAAACGAGAGAGAGCGAAGUUCGAGUUUUUAACUCUACCAGCAGGGUACUAUAGUGCCAAUUGAAAGAGCAUGAUUCAUGAA